CUGGACGUGGCGCAGCUGGACCCUUUCUAUGCCUCCAUCAUCCUGUUUGUGGGGCGAGCCUGGGAUGCCAUCACGGACCCCAUGGUGGGCUUCUUCAUCAGCAAAACACCAUGGACCCGAUUUGGCCGCCUGAUACCGUGCUCCAGGAAGCCAGGCAGGGGUGGAAGAAGGAGCCAGCCGGCUGCUGCUUUGCCCCAUUCCUGCCAGCAGAACCGAGGUGACCCCGGGACCAGGGCUCAGUGGGACUGAGAGCAAAGCCAAGCUGGGGAGAGGCAUUUGGCUGCUGGACCCAUAGGGCUGUGCUGCCUGGCUGCUCCCCAGCCCUUUCUGGAAUGAGAGAGGUGAUUGCAUCCCUCUGAACACACAGCAGUGCUACCAUACAAGAGAGGUGGGGGCUGGGGUUGGAAGCCAAAGGCAGAAGCAAUCACUUCCAUCAAAACAAGGAUGUCUGGUUCUGCAAAUAAAGUUCUUCCCUGGAAGCCUGAGUCAAAUCUUCUCUUUGCCACCACUCAUAUGAGACCUGAGCUGCUGCCUUUGGCCUGGUCUGAAUCACCUCUUUGGCAAUCACGUCCUGUCCAAGGCUUGGAUCAGGGUGGGCCACCUUGGGGUGGCUCAGGAGCCCCCAAAAUCAGAUGCCUGAACACCACUGGACAUGUGGUAGCAGGGAAAGCUGGGCUGGUGGAGUUGUUACCCAGGUGCUACAUGCCUGUGAGGCUUACACUGUGUCCUUCCCCCAAAGGAUUAUCUUCUCUACCCCAUUUGCUGUCAUCUCUUACUUCCUUAUCUGGUUUGUGCCGGACAUCUCCAGAGGACAAGUGAUGUGGUACCUUGUCUUCUACUGCAUCUUCCAGACCCUCGUGACGUGCUUCCAUGUGCCCUACUCGGCGCUGACCAUGUUCAUCAGCAGAGAGCAGAGCGAGCGGGACUCAGCUACUGCCUACCGAAUGACAGUGGAAGUGCUGGGCACCGUGCUGGGUACCGCCAUCCAGGGCCAGAUCGUGGGCACAGUGAUUACUCCCUGCAUCGAGAGCCCCCCCUUCAUUGGCAAGACCAACUCCUCGGUAGCCAUGGAGGAGCUCAACAUGACCCGUGACACUGGGUCGCUCACAGACACAAGAAAUGCCUACAUGAUUGCUGCGGGGGUCAUUGGGGGACUCUACAUCCUCUGUGCUGUGAUCCUGUCAGUAGGCGUGCGGGAGAAGAGAGAGUCCUCUGAGCUUCAUUCGGACACGCCUGUCUCCUUCUUCCAUGGGCUGAAGCUGGUGAUGAACCAUGGUGCCUACAUCAAGCUCAUCGCUGGCUUCCUCUUCACUUCGCUGGCCUUCAUGCUGCUGGAGGGGAACUUUGCCCUCUUCUGCACCUACACCCUGGGCUUCCGCAACGAGUUCCAGAACAUCCUUCUGGCCAUCAUGCUCUCAGCCACCUUGACCAUUCCCCUCUGGCAGUGGUUUCUCACCCGCUUUGGGAAGAAGACAGCUGUCUAUGUGGGCAUCUCGUCUGCCAUCCCCUUCCUCAUCAUGGUGGUCCUCCUGGACAGUAACCUCAUCAUCACCUACAUUGUGGCUGUUGCAGCUGGGAUCAGCGUUGCGGCUGCCUUCCUCCUGCCCUGGUCCAUGCUCCCAGACGUCAUAGAUGAUUUCAAGCUGCAGCACCCUGACUCCCAUGGCCAUGAAGCCAUCUUCUUCUCCUUCUAUGUCUUCUUCACCAAGUUUACCUCUGGGGUCUCCCUGGGCAUCUCCACACUCAGUUUAGACUUUGCAGGGUACCAGACCCGGGGCUGCUCACAGCCCAGGGAAGUGAACGUCACCCUGAAGAUGCUGGUGUCGGCUGUGCCUGUGGGGCUGAUCCUGGUGGGCCUGCUCCUGUUCAAGCUGUACCCCAUUGAUGAGGAGAAGCGGAGGAAAAACAAGAAAGCCCUGCAGGAUUUACGGGAGGAGAGCAACAGCAGCUCGGAGUCGGACAACACAGAACUGGCCAGCAUCGUGUGACCUGGGGCUCGGUCCGUCCACUCACGCCAGGGCUCUCCAAAGGACUUGGCCUCUCGGGGCUGGACCAGCCUCGCACCGGUGUGGGUGUGCGCUAUUGAGGAGUGCCUGGGAGAAGCCAUGCAGAGCAUCCACUGACUUGAACAUGAGAUCUGUGCUGGUCUCAUGUCCCCCAUGGGAUCCACAGAGUGCUGGUAGUGUACAUUACACGGAUUGACCCUCUGGUACCUGUGUGCCUCACAAGAAACAAGCACUGUUCCCUGCUGGGUCCCGAAGAGCAGAAAAGCCCGGAGCAGGAUCCUUUUGCUACUCAUGCCUGGUUCCCGGCCUGUACAGGGCUGGGGCGAUGGUUGGUGUACAUUACACUGUCAAUGUGACCGCGCCAGGGACAUGAGCCCACCUCUGCUGUCUGUACAUAUGCCACUAAUUUGGAAAGCUGUUCUCUUUUUUUUACAGAGCCUAAUUAACUUAAUGAUGUAAAUACAAAGCUAUUUUGUUUUUGUAUAUAUCUGUACAGAAACUGAUCUCGAGGACCUAUUAAUUUACAUAAUAGCAGGUGAAGUCAGCAGUGUGGGUGUAGAGGAUUUUUUGUUUAGCUAUUUUCUAUGGAUGUCAGCAAGCCCAGGUCCCUUCACAUGGCAUGGGGUGCAGGAUUGACUUCCCUGAAGCCGAAGGUGCAGGAAUGCUGUAAUCCAGGCUGCAGCCCUGUAACCCAUGCGGCUCCUUGCCUG